AUGCCAAAACAACAAGUUCCAAAAAUUGAUAUAAUGACACCAGAACUUGCUGCAGCUUUGGAUAGAGCUAACGUGAUUAGUAGGAUGGCGACUUACAUUAUUGCUGCUUUAUUAUCUAGCUUGAAUAUUGAUUGUGCAAGCGUAAACUUUAGUCAUGUGACUAUUCACCGAUCUCAGGUUAACGAAAUUAAAACACCAAAAGAAAAAAAAAUUUCGUCUUUUUUUGAAACACCCUAA